CCUGUCUUCAUCUUUGAUCAGCCCAGCGGCGGCGCCAUGAAAUUCGCACCUUCUCUGGGCGCGCUGCUCAUCAAUCUCUCACUAUGGACGCUUUCCCUUGCAGCCGAGGACAGAUCUCCUGAGCGGGUAUGUUACGACGCGUGUUUCGCCUGCCUAAAGCCCGUGCAUUUCGACGACGUGCUGCGGAACCAAACGGGUUUUACCAAAACCUGCUACAGCCCCAAAGCAAUAUUAUCACUGUAUUUGUGUGUUGAUGUAUAUUGCACGCCUGGAGCGAGAGAGGUAGGGCUGGGGCCGUACAAUGAGACGUGUCGGGAGCAGGCGCAUAUUGUUUUACCGCCGUUUGACGUGAUUUCGAAUUAUACAGCCGAAGAUGUCAAGGGAGUGAGAAGAUUUGAGCAGAAUGAGACGGAUGAGGGUGUUCUGUUUAGAGAGGUUGUCGUGCCUUCUGAGCAUUGGUUUGGGAUCUGGUGGGAUACUUUGGACUCUGUGGCGUAUACGUAUACUUACCAUGAUGUCUACGGGCGCGCCAUGAUCACCUUCUGGAUCAUCGUAGUAGCUAUCGGCUUCUUGAACCACGCAAUCCUUCAUAUCGCUAAUCUGCAAAUGCUUCGCAACUAUUCUCCAAAGUCCGGCGGCCGACUCUGGAACUUUUACAAUUGGGCACUUAACCGCAUCACUGUCCCAGCUUUUAUUGGAGAUCGAUGCGCGCAGAAAGUCGGCUGGGGAACUGUCCCUCCCCAGAUACAGUCUUGGACCUUGUUUGCUUUCCUCCUUCUCAACAUCGCGUUGAGCAUCCUUGGAUACAGAAUCGUGCCAGUCAAUAUGUACUUUCCAUCGACGGCGAAACAGCUUCUUCGUUAUGUCUCUGAUCGCACGGGUAUCAUCUCGUGGGCCAACUUCCCAGUGAUUUGGCUCUUUGGUAUGAGGAAUAAUCUCCUCAUGUGGCUAACUGGUUGGGACUUUGGAACGUACAAUAACUUUCAUCGAUGGGUUGCGCGAAUUGCAACUCUUCAAGCAAUUGUUCACUCUAUCGGGUAUACCUGGUUGAUUGUCUUGGAGGGAGGCUGGGAGUAUUAUCUAUUCUGGUGGAACUAUAUGUUCUGGUGGGUUGGCGAAGUGGCAACCAUUGUCAUGUCUCUUCUCGUAGGGGCAUCUUUUUACUGGAUCCGACGUCAGCAGUACGAGUUAUUCUUGGUCGUACAUAUUAUAAUGUCAAUCAUCCUCCUCAUCACAAUGCUUGCUCACGUCUCCAUUUUUCAAGGCGAAUACGACGUCUUCUUCUGGGUACCCUGCUUCAUCUGGGUUGGCGACCGCGUCAUUCGAGCUCUUCGCAUCGCAGCUUUCAACCCCAAACUCUGGGAUACCCGAGCCACUUCUAUUUACCAUCCAUCCUCCAACAUUGUCAGACUUGUCGUUCCCUGGUCAAGCAGUCUGUACAAACCAGCCCCAGGGACAUUCUACUACAUUCACGUUCUCAACGGACCUCGAUGCUGGGAAAGUCACCCCUUCACCGUGGCAAUGGUCACCGAUGAAGGACAACGUGCUUCAAAGCUCCUUGGCGAACAAGCUCCUCUGCUCGACGGCACUGUUGCCGAACAAAGCUCCGAUCCCGUCGACUCACAGGACAUACUCAGCGACUCUCGCACGAUGACAUUUCUAAUCCGUCCCUACGACGGCUUCACCUCCAGACUUCGCGACACCGCAUCAGCAGUCUGGCCUAAAAAUGUCCCUCAACGAGUCCUCAUCGACGGUCCCUACGGGCAUACUCGUCCCCUCCAUCUCUUCGAUAACGUAACCUUUAUAGUCGGCGGAAGCGGCAUCGUCGUUCCCCUGUCAUACCUCCAACUCCUCACCGGCCCAACAGCCCCUCGCUCCGUCAAAAUCCACUGGGCCGUUCGCGAACCCGCUUUGGCGCUCGAUGUUUUACAAACAGACAUCGCUGAUGCUUUGGGGAGCACGAAUCUCAGCGUUGAAAUACAUCUCACGACACAUACACCGCAAGAUGAGUUGAGUGAGUGGCCGUCGCAGGUCACCUUGCGAAGAGGAAGGAUAGAUGCUUCGGAUGUGGUGAGGAGGCGAAGUGAAGAGGUGAUGGGAGAGAGUCUUGCGAUUGUUGCCUGUGGACCGGCGCAGAUGGCGGACGAUGCGAGAAAGACAGUUGCUGAUUUGUUAAGAAAUGGAGUUAUGAGGGUAGAGUACUUCGAGGAGAGUUUUCAGUGGUGAUAGAAUACAUUCAGGCGUUAGACUUCAUAUAGAUAUGUUCAU